AAACAAUGUCUUUACCUCGAGUGUAUGAAAGUUAAGUAAUAAAAUGUGAAACGAAUAAAUAACUCUCCUUUGUUCUAUGUUGACAGCUUAUCGAUGACAGCUGUCUAAAAUACACGUGCUAAUUACGCAAUUGAGUUAUUAUUUGCAGAAAAUAAAUAUACCAUGAGCUAGAUGUUUAUAACGAUGCUAAUGAUGACGACGACGACAAAGAUGAUCAUUUUAAAUUAAAACUAAUUAAUAUUGAGAAUAAGAAUAAAAAAUAAUAAAAAUAAUUAUUUGAUUUGAUAGCGACGUAUCAGUUGGAGGCUUAUCGAUACAAAUGCUUUUAUUCCAGCGGUCUGGCAUAUUCCGCUUGACUCCAGGAAGUAUGCAGCUUUAUUUCUUCGAGCGACACAUUUGCAAAGACUUAGUCACCAACAGUUCAACAUCGUCGUACCAGUGAAUAAAAAGCUAAAAAGAAACAAAUAAAUAUAUAAAUAAAUCAUACAUCAUACAUACAUCAAUAUAUAUAUACAUAUAUUUAGUAUAUCUAUCUGAAAGUAGCUAGAAAUUAAAAAGACAUUUGCAGCAAGUGGCACAUGCUGCCAGUAGCAUCUUAUCAGUUGAUGCUCGACAAACUAUUGAAACUUUAUACCAAAAUAUAUUUUUAAAAUUCUUUCAUAUAAAUUUACGACUUUAAAAUGAUAUUUAAUAUCGAAUGGUUUUUAUUUUUGAUUAUUUUAUUCAACAUUUGCAAUGGAGACUACACUACGGAUUAUUGGACGAACAAAUGGCAGACAAUGUGCCCGGAUUUAUACCCACAUACAUUCAAAAGUUACACACCAAGAGGCAAUAUGACUUACGGUAAUUACACAAGGAUACCUCAUAUCACAGGAAUAAAACAAUGUGCUCUAUCAUGCUGCACAACUUCGAGCUGCAACGUGGUGCUGAUGUUUAAUUCGACGUGUUAUCAUGUAAAGUGCAAGCAAUCGGACAAGUGUGCGCCUUUGUAUCGGCCCGAGUUUGUUAAUUUGGUGGACCCACCAAGUAUGGUGCUGAUCAAACCAGUAGAAAACGACGUUACGUGGAACGACGUGCUGGGACAAUUCUACGACACAAAUCCGCUUUUAAUUGACGCGGUAUCUAAUCGAGAUAACAUCAUGCCAGGUAUCAGUUGUAUGGAUAACAAUGAUUGCCAAGAUAACCAAGUGUGUGUCAAACGCACUUCUUCUGAUGACGAUAAAACCGCGAUUGGAGUUUGCGAGGACAUACAGCCGGAGUUUGAGAUGAACACGGAGGUAAAAUCUAAUACUAAGAGUAUGGGAGCAAAGCCGGUAGUGAAGAAGCAGCUGGUGGUAUCUGCGGUGUCUAAAGAGGUCCGAUUGCCUGACAAUCAGGUUACUUUGUCGGCUUUCACUGUCCCGGCCGAGCAGGGCAACGAGCACUACAACUACGCUUGGAGCUUGCUGAGCCAGCCGGAAGGGCACACGGGAACAAUGACUGAUCAAAAUCUCCCCACAGUAAAGCUGAGUAAUUUAUCCGAGGGACUGUACAAGUUUAGAGUGGUGGUAACCAGCUCAAACGCUUAUGGAGAAGCUUAUGCUAAUGUCAGUGUCUUACCACCGAAGCGAAUAAACAAGCCGCCGAUAGCGAUCAUCUCUCCCGCGUCUCAGAUCGUUAAAUUACCCAACACUGGCGCCGUGCUAGAUGGAUCUUCAAGUACUGACGACGAUCGCGUCGUUUCUUAUCACUGGGAGCUACAGCAGGGCCCCAUUGGUUAUCAGCCGAAUCUUGUGGAUACUCCAACACUGCAGUUGGACAAUCUUAUCGCGGGGAAUUACACAUUCAAGCUGACUGUAGAGGACUCGGAUCAUGUUACUAAUUUUACAACCGCAAAUAUAACGGUGCUUAAAUUAAUCGACUAUCCGCCGAGCGCAAACGCCGGGCAGGAUAUAAUUAUUUACUUACCACAGAAUACGAUUACGUUGAACGGAAAUCUGAGUACUGACGAUCACGGAAUUGCCAGCUGGGAAUGGACCAAGAGUCCUUCAGAUCAAAAUAAAGCUGUUGAUAUGCAAAAUACUCGGACGCCGUACUUGCAAUUGUCUAAUUUAGAGGAAGGGAUGUACACGUUUGUUUUGAAAGUUACCGACGAUUCCGAUCAAUACUCCACCGCAGAAGUUCAUGUGUUUGUUAAACCUCCGACUAAUAGACCGCCUAAAGCUGAAGCGGGUAAAGACAUCACUGUAGCGCUACCGCAGACUAGAGUUAAGCUUGAUGGUAGCAAUAGUAAGGAUGAUAUCAAAAUAGUUUCUUAUCACUGGGAACAGUUGUCUGGGCCGAAUAAAGCCGAGUUUUCCGCGGCUAAUAAAUCGGUUACUAAUGCUACUAAAUUAACUAAAGGAGUUUAUAAUUUUAAAUUGACUGUCAUUGAUGACAAUGGUAACAAAGAUUCGGAUACUGUAAAAGUUGAGGUGACGCAGAAUAAAAAUGCUCCGCCUAAAGCUAAUGCCGGAGGAGAUCAAAUUGUAAUGGCUCCUAUUAGUGCGCUGAUUAUUAAUGGAUCUCAGUCGACGGAUGACUUGAAAAUAAGCCAGUGGCUUUGGAUAAGAGAUCCGACCAGCUUGGCUAUUGGUAAAAUAAUCGACGAUACUAAUCACUCACCGAUUUUGAUGGUAACUGACGUUGUUCCCGGAAGAUAUGUGUUCAAAUUAAAAGUUUCGGAUGAUCAAGGCUUGAGUAGUGAAGAUACUGUGUCAGUUAUUGUUAAAUCUGAUCCCCAGCUACUGAAUCUUGUUGAAUUGACUGUGAAUAUUGGAGCGCAUUUGCUGACAGAAUCUCAGAAGAAUUCUCUGGUGGUGAAAUUACAAAUGCUACUGCGAGAAGAAGUCUCGAUUGUUGUAAGAGACUUGAAGCCUGAACCUCGCACUGAUCGCGCUUGUUUGAUAUUUUACGUCGAGCGAAAGGACAAGAAAUCUUCGAUGACCGGGCGAGAAGUUGUGGAUAGAUUGAAAGAAAAGUUCAAACAAGACUCGGGACUCUUACAACUCUCGGUUACGGCGAUUGACACUGUUAUUUGUCAGAAUAAUUGCUCGGGUCAUGGAGUUUGUGAUGAAGAGUCACGGCAGUGCUUAUGCGAAGCUUUCUGGAUGCAAAACUUAAUACAAAAGUACUUUGGAAACGGAGAGUCUAAUUGCGAGUGGAGUAUUUUGUAUGUUAUAAUUGCUUUGCUGGCGCUGGUGAUUAUUUUCAUUGGUUUUAUUUGGAGUUUCAUCUGUCUCUGUCAGCGGAUUUGCGCUGGUAAGAGUCGCACGAGGUUCAAGAAAAAGACUACAAGGUACUCUCUUCUUCAGCCGCAUCUUGCGGAUGAUGACGACAGCGGUGGAGCGUUUCUGCAACGUAAAAUGGCCAUUUCGGAAUCUGAUACUGAGUCUGAUGAUGUUUUAUUCGAACAUCGGAGAAUUAAUAAUAAAAAUAAUUAUGAUCAUAAUAUUAGAAUUAAUAAUAAUGGAAAAUCCCGAAAUGGAUUUAUUAAAAAUAACUCGAAAAUUAAAACAUGAAAUUAAACUGAGUAUUAUAUUUAAUUUGAUAUGGUAAACUAUUACACAAAUUUUUCUAAAAAAUAUAUUUAAUAUAUAUACUAUAAAUAUAAUAUAUAUUCAUUUCUAUAGCUUUAUAUUUUUUAAGAUAAGAAAACGAUGCACAUAUUUUCCUGUAAAAGUAUAAAACAUACUACCUAGUCUUCUGUGGCUGUUGAACGAAAAAAUACCAAUGUAUAUUAUAAAUUAUAAAAUAACCCAUUUAUAUAAAUAUAUAAAGUAAUUAUUCUCUGGA